UCGGAGCGCGGCUGCCGCGGGGCCCCUGGAGCCAGACACCAUGUACUGCCUGCAGUGGCUGCUGCCCGUCCUCCUCAUACCCAAGCCCCUCAACCCGGCCUUGUGGUUCAGUCACUCGAUGUUUAUGGGCUUCUACCUGCUCAGUUUCCUCCUGGAGCGGAAGCCUUGCACGAUUUGUGCCUUGGUCUUCCUGGCAGCCUUAUUCCUCAUCUGCUACAGCUGCUGGGGGAACUGCUUCUUGUAUCACUGCACAGGAUCCCAGCUGCCAGAAUCAGCUCACGAUCCCAGCAUAGUAGGCACCUAAAGCCCAACAAUCUCCCAGUGUGCUGACAGCUCUGGU